AUGAUAUUGUUUGGUUUUCGCAAUAUUUGGUUAUUUCUAUUGAUUUUUGGGCAAACAUCAGGUAUUUCUUAUAAUCAACCAAAAUUUUGUGCAAAUGCAACAUGGAACCAGACGGCAAUAACUUUUGCCACGAGCGCCACGAUUGGCACGUAUCCUUUAGGCAUGUUUGUUGAUACAAAUAACAGCGUCUAUGUCGCUGAUGAAGCAAAUGGAAGGAUUCAAGUGUGGUUUAACGGAAGUACCACACUUACAGGCACUUACUCUGGUGGCUUAUAUGCACCUUAUAGUGUCUUCGUUACGGACAAUGGUGAUGUUUAUGUCGACAAUGGCAACGCAUAUUAUCGGGUUGAUAAAUGGGGAUGGAAUUCAACAAGUAGUGUUCCAGCAAUGUAUGUGUGUGGACAAUGUUACAGUCUUUUUGUUGAUAUUAAUAAUAUGCUUUACUGCUUAAUGAGUUUGUCUCAUCAAGUUGUAUCGAAGUCAUUGGACACACGUUUAAGUGUAUGGAGUAUUGUCGCCGGCACGGGUACAGCUGGAUCAACAUCGGUUACACUUUAUAAUCCAUGGGGUAUCUUUGUUGAUAUUAACUUGAAUUUGUAUGUAGCUGAUACUACAAAUAGUAGGAUUCAAAAAUUUGCAUCAGGACAAUUGAACGGAACAACAAUAGCAACAGGAGGUAUUACAUUGCUUUAUCCAACUUCAGUUAUACUUGAUGCUGAUGGAUAUAUCUUUAUUACUGAUUGCUGGAAUCAUCGUCUUAUUGGCUCAGGACCUAAUGGGUUUCGAUGUAUAGCAGCAUGUUCUGGGUAUGGUUCAUCAUCCAGCCAGUUAUAUUAUCCACAUACUAUGAGUUUUGACAGCUUUGGAAAUAUAUAUGUCACCGAUGAAUACAAUCAUAGAGUACAAAAAUUUCUUUUGUUACCAGACUCAUGUAAUGGAACGACAACAGUAACAACUAUGGCUACGGUUACUUCAAUGAAUAAUACUCAAUCAGUUUCUUUAACAACAACUGUUCCUGAAAUAAGUUCUACAACUGCACCAUAUUUAAAUCCUAUUUCAUACAAUGUGCCAGAAAUUACUGCGUAUACUACUUGGAGCUCCAAUGGAAUAACUUUAGCAGACAGCACCCUGGUCGGAACAUAUCCUUACGGUAUAUUUGUUGAUAAUAAUAACACGGUAUAUGUAAGUGAGUAUUCUUUAAAUCGUGUUCAAGUGUGGCGUGAAGGUAGUAGCCAACCCACAAGAAAUAUCUCCGGUAAUUUAAAUGCUCCAUGUUCUGUUUUUGUUACGAGUAAUGGUGAUAUUUAUGUCGAUAAUGGUUAUGUAAAUAGUCGAGUGGAUAAAUGGGCAUUAAAUACAACAAACAGUACUGUGGUAAUGAACGUCAAAUAUAUGUGCUCUGCUCUUUUUAUCGAUAUUAAUAAUAAUAUUUAUUGUACACCGAUUAAUUAUCAUCAAGUUAAUACAAAAUCAUUAAAUAGUAAUUCAAAUAUAUGGACAAUCGCUGCGGGCACAGGUUGUGCUGGAGCAACAUCAAAUACGCUUCAUGAUCCUCGCGGAAUCUUUGUUGAUACAGAUCUCAAUUUGUAUGUUGCUGAUUAUACCAAUAAUAGGGUACAAAAAUUCCUAUCAAACCAAUUAAAUGGAAUAACGAUAGCCGGAACUAGCGCAACAGGAACUAUUAGUCUCAAUGGUCCGGCUGGAGUUGUCCUGGAUGCAGAUGGUUACAUAUUCAUUGCGGAGUAUUUGAAUAAUCGUAUUGUUGGAUCAGGACCAAACGGAUUUCGUUGUUUAGUAGGAUGUUCAACUGUUGCUGGUUCAGCAUCUAAUCAAUUAUAUUAUCCAUCCAGUUUAAAUUUCGAUAGUUACGGUAAUAUGUUUGUUGCUGAUAGAUACAACCAUCGAAUUCAAAAAUUUUAUAUAACAAGUAAUAUCUAUGGUACAACUACCAAUCAACCAAGCUUCUGUCCAUCAACGACUUGGUAUACAGAUGCGAUUACAUUUGCCAAUAGUAGUACGACUGGAACUAACGUAUAUGGUGUUUUUGUUAGUAUUAAUAAUACUAUAUAUGUAGCUAAUGAACAAACUAAUAAGGUUGUAGUAUGGUACGAAGGAAGUAUUAAUCCAGAUAAAAUUCUUUCUGGUAGUCUAAGUACACCAUUGGAUCUUUUCGUUACUCCUAUGGGUGAUAUAUAUGUUGAUAAUGGUUAUAAUAAUCGUCGAGUCGAUAAAUUUCCAUUCAACUCAAAUAUAAGUAAUUCUGUAAUGACAGUUCCUUAUGGAUGUACUGGUAUCUUUGUUGAUAUUAGUAAUACUCUUUAUUGUGCAGCGUUUACUACUCAUCAAGUUGUUAAGAAAUGGUUAAAUGAUAAUGUACUUACAUCAACUAUUGUUGCUGGUACAGGCACAGCUGGAUCAACCGCAACUACACUUAAUGCGCCUGUUGGAAUUUUUGUCGAUGCUGAAAUUAAUUUAUAUGUUGCAGAUUCCGUUAACAAUAGAAUACAAAUGUUUCCUGUUGGCCAAUUUACUGGAAUAACUUUAGUGGGAGCUAGUGUUCCAGGAACUAUUACACUUAAUAUUCCAAAUGGUAUUACAUUGGAUGGUAAUGGAUAUCUUUUUAUUGCGGAUUGUUAUAAUCAUCGAAUAAUUGGAUCAGGACCAUAUGGUUUUCGAUGUUUAUUUGGAUGUACAAGUGUUGCUGGUUCUACACCAAGUCAAUUGUAUUAUCCAGGAACUUUAAGAUUUGAUAGUUAUGGAAAUCUAUUUGUUGCUGAUAGAUAUAAUCAUAGAGUGCAAAAGUUUAUAUUAGCAUCAAAUUCAUGUAGUCUUUCUUAUAAUCAACCAACAUUUUGCUCAAAUGCUUUAUGGUAUUCUAAUGCAUCAACUUUUGCAUCAAGUACUACAAUUGGUACAUUACCUUAUGGUAUUUUUAUUAAUGGAAUUAAUACUGUAUAUGUACCUAAUCGAGUUAGUAACACUAUUAUAUCAUGGCCUCAAGGAAGUAGUACAUCAACAAGUAAUAGUUACAGUAAUUUAAGUAAUCCAUAUAGUCUUUUUAUGUCUAUGACUGGUGAUAUUUAUAUUGAUAAUGGUUAUUCAUAUGGUCGAGUUGAUAAAUAUAUAUUUAAUACAUCAAAUCGUGUAACUGUUAUGAACGUUAAUGGAAAUUGUUAUGGUUUAUUUAUUGAUAUUAAUAAUAAUCUUUAUUGUUCACUUAAAAAUCUUCAUCAAGUUGUUAAACUUUUACUUAAUAAUGGUUCAACCAUUCCGACAAUUGCAGCUGGAAAUGGUUCUGCUGGAUCACUAUCAAAUAUGCUUAAUUCUCCUCAAGGAAUCUAUGUUGAUAGUAAUUUAAACCUAUAUAUUGCAGACUGUACUAACAAUCGUAUUCAACUCGUUCAAGCUGGUCAGUUAGAUGGAGUGACAAUCGUUGGUAAUGGAUCAUCGGCAAAUAUUACACUCAACUAUCCAACUGGAAUUGUUCUUGAUGCUAAUGAUUAUCUUUUUAUUGUCGAUAGUUAUAAUCAUCGUAUUAUUGGUUCAAGUUCUACUGGCUUUCGAUGUAUAGUAGGAUGUUUGGGAGGUGGUUCAUCUUCGUCUCAGUUAUCUUUUCCACAAAGUAUGGCUUUUGAUAGCUAUGGAAAUAUAUAUGUUACUGAUCGAAAUAAUAGUCGACAAUACCGACCACCACCACUACUACUACUACGAGCAGCAGCAGCAGUACUACAACUAGCACUACUACUACUACCACCACUAAGACUACAAGCAGUAGCAGUACUACGAGUACCACUACCACCAGCACUAGUACCACAAGCAGGAGUACUACAAGCAGUAGCAGUACUACGAGUACCACUACCACCAUCACCAGCACCACAAGUAGCACUACUACUACUGCCACCAGUACUACAAGUAGUACUACUACUACCACGACUAGUACUACAACGAGUAGCAGCAGUACCACCAGUAGCACUACUACGAGUAGCAGUAGCACCUCAAGCAGCACUACUACCACGACCACCACUAGCAGCACUACUACUACCACUACCACUACCACUACAAGUACUACAACGAGUAGCAGCAGUACCACCAGUAGUACUACUACGAGCAGUAGCAGCACCACAAGUAGUAGCACUACUACUACCAGCAGUACCUCAAGUAGCACUACAACCACCACCAGCAGUACUACAACGAGCAGCAGCAGUACCACGAGUAGUACUACCACUACUACUAGCAGUACUUCAAGUAGCACUACUACCACCACUACCGCUAGCAGUACUACUACUACUACCACCACUAGUACUACUACAUGCAGUAGUAGUACCACAAGUAGCACUACUACUACCACCACCACUACAAGUACUACAACAAGCAGCAGCAGUACCACAAGUAGUACUACUACUACUAGUACCAGUACUUCAAGUAGCACCACUAGCAGUACUACUACGAGCAGUAGCAGUACCACAAGUAGCAGUACAACAAGUAGUACCAGUACUUCAAGUAGUACUACCACGAGUAGCAGUAGUACUUCAAGUAGCACUAGUACCACUACCACCACCACCAGCAGUACUACAACGAGCAGCAGUAGUACCUCAAGUAGCACUACUACCACUAGCAGUACCUCAACUAGCACCACUACAAGCAGCAGCAGUACUUCAAGUAGCACCACUACUACGACCACCACUAGCAGUACUACUACGAGCAGCAGCAGCACCACAAGUAGCAGUACGACGAGCAGCAGCAGUAUCACAAGUAGUACUACCACUACUACCAGUAGUACCUCAAGUAGCACGACAUCCAUUACAACUUCUCAAGGAUUAA